CGCCGGGAGAGCCGCGCCGGGGCCGCGCCGGGCCGGCGAGGAGCGCACGAGCCUUCGAGGUUGUGGACCAGGGAGGGAGAAGCUGCCGCCAACGCCGACUCUCGCCCGCAGGGAGCCCGAACGCCCCGUGGGCCAUGAGCCGCCGGACCCGGGGAGCCCGGCGGCGAUCCGGGCAGCGCUCCGCCGGCGCCCUGGCCCGCCCGGCAGCAGCUGCGCGCCUGUAGCCGCCGGGAGCUGCGAUGGAUCGGGAGCCAUGAAUGGUGCCGCCCCGGUCCCGGUCCCGGUCCCGGUCCCGGUCCCGGUCCCGGACUGGCGGCAGUUCUGCGAGCUGCACGCGCAGGCAGCCGCCGUGGACUUCGCGCACAAGUUCUGCCGCUUCCUGCGCGACAACCCGGCCUACGACACGCCCGACGCUGGGGCCUCCUUCUCCCGCCACUUCGCCGCCAACUUCCUGGACGUCUUCGGCGAGGAGGUGCGCCGCGUGCUGGUGGCCGGGCCGGCGCCCCCCGACGCCAUGGAGCCCGAGCCGGCGGGGCCCCCGGCGCUCAAGGCGGCAGCGUGCGGCCACUCGCGGAGCUCAGAGGACGUGUCGGCGCACGCGGCGGCCAAGGCCCGCGUCCGCAAGGGCUUCUCGCUGCGCAACAUGAGCCUGUGCGUGGUGGACGGCGUGCGCGACAUGUGGCACCGGCGCGCCUCGCCCGAGCCCGACGCCGGCGCCGCCCCGCGGACCGCCGAGCCCCCGGCCGAGCCGCGCGACAAGUGGAUGCGGCGCCUGCGGCUGUCGCGGACGCUGGCGGCCAAGGUGGAGCUGGUGGACAUCCAGCGCGAGGGCGCGCUGCGCUUCAUGGUGGCCGACGACGCAGCCGCGGGCCCAGGGGGCGCCGCCCAGUGGCAGAAGUGCCGGUUGCUCCUGCGCAGGGCCGUGGCCGGCGAGCGCUUCCGCCUGGAGUUCUUCGUGCCGCCCAAGGCCUCCAGGCCCAAGGUCAGCAUCCCCCUCUCAGCCAUCAUCGAGGUCCGCACCACCAUGCCCCUGGAGAUGCCGGAGAAGGACAACACGUUCGUGCUCAAGGUGGAGAACGGAGCAGAGUACAUCCUGGAGACCAUCGACUCCCUGCAGAAGCACUCGUGGGUGGCUGACAUCCAGGGCUGCGUGGACCCCGGGGACAGCGAGGAAGACACCGAGCUCUCCUGUGCCCGGGGAGGCUGUCUGGCCAGCCGCAUGGCCUCCUGCAGUUGUGAGCUCCUGACAGACGCAGUAGACCCGCCCCGGCCCCCAGAGACAACGGCAGCCGUGGUGACAGCCCCACACAGCCGAGCUCGAGAUGCCGCCAGCGAGUCCUUGGUCCAUGUCCCUCUAGAGGCCUUCCUGGAGACCCUGGAAUCCCCGGGCGGCAGCGGCGGUGACAGCAAUAACACCGGGGAGGAAGGAGCAGAGCCAGAGCCCGAGGCCGAGCCCGCAUUGGAGCUGUCCGACUACCCCUGGUUCCACGGGCCGCUGUCACGGGUCAGGGCAGCUCAGCUGGUGCUGGCGGGUGGGCCCCGGAGCCAUGGCCUCUUCGUGAUCCGCCAGAGUGAGACUCGGCCGGGGGAGUACGUGCUGACCUUCAACUUCCAGGGCAAGGCCAAGCACCUGCGCCUGUCCUUGAACGGCCACGGGCAGUGCCACGUACAGCACCUGUGGUUCCAGUCUGUGCUGGACAUGCUCCGCCACUUCCACAGCCACCCCAUCCCGCUGGAGUCAGGGGGCUCUGCAGACAUCACCCUGCGCAGCUACGUGCGGGCCCAGGGCCCCGCAUCUGGUAAGACGCCCCACCCGGCCGUGUGGUGGGCAGUGGCGGAGGGAGGCACCCUUAGGCUGCCACCCUGCAUUGCUAGCCCCCAUGGGAUGAACACCAGCGCAGUUGCGGCGGGGAGCGCCGACGAGCCCCCCGAGGCCGCGCCGGGCGACGGAUCGCGGGGCCGCACGCGCGCCGUGGAGAACCAGUACUCCUUCUACUAG